GGAGAGAAACAGAGAGACGUUGGGUGGGUGGAUGGCAUCUCUCUGUUACUCCCCGCCAUCUCUGCUCCCCUCUCCUGUCGCUCGAUCUCCUUCGCCUCCUUCCCACCUACUGAGGUUCUCCCGCCACCCCUUCUUCACAGAGACCACCAACGCCCUCGGCCAUGUCGCAGAAGUAACAGACGCUCACGCCCAUCGUUCUCGCUGCGUCCUUGCCGCCUUUUCCCGUAGUUCCUCGUCUACCUGCAGAACCACCACCCAGCUCCAACAAGAGGAAAUUCCCCACCAUGCCUUUGAUUCCGUCGUCAUCGCUGAUGCCGUGUCCGACUCCGAAUUGUGGGCCACUGCCCGCCUUCGCGUCGAGUGCUUCUACCCCCUCGAUCCGACAGUCUUCGCUGUGGAGGAUCAAAGACGGUACUUGUCAGAGAGAGAAUUUGAAGCGCUCAAAGAACGUGCAGCUGCAAGCAGGGCAGGAUCUAACAGAGUUGCAUGCAUAAAUGCAACUAUUCCAUUGUCAGAGCUUCCAAAGUCAUUUCAUGAUUUGCGUUCGAAAUGCAAGUUCUCUAGUGGUGGAGAAGAUCGAGUCGUUAUUGGCACACUAGACCUUAACCAGACCAUGAGGCUGGCAGAUGAGUUAGUAGGAAGGAGGCCUGAGGGAAUUGGAGCUGAUUUUGCUAGGGCGUACUUGAGCAAUGUAUGUGUAGCCAAGGAGCUACAGAGGAAGGGUAUUGCUUAUGCCCUCAUGGACAGGUCCAAGAAAAUUGCCAGAGAAUGGGGAAUUUCUGAUCUUUAUGUCCAUGUAGCUGCGGAUAAUGAAGCAGCAAAGAAGUUAUACGGCAAAAGUGGUUUUGUCUAUGAAAGUGAUGAGCCAGCAUGGCAAGCAAGAUUUCUAGGACGCCCUCGGCGAAUUCUUCUAUGGUUUGGCCUAUCAAACACCUGACUCCCGAUUGAUCGAGGAAAAUAACAUGGUUGUGUAUGUUAAAGAUGAAGCACAAGUCACCUCUACACCUGAGAGUGUCUAUUGGUGUUCCAUACUAUAUUCUACUGGUAGGUUUUCAAGCCACUGUAUUAUAUUCUCAUAUUUUUUGUAGCCAUUUCUGUUGUUUAGGGGGCCUUCUACCUUCUUCUCUAUAAAUGGCUAUUAAAAGAAAGUCAUUUUUUAGCUAAUUGUCUGUACUGUACGUCGACAGCACAAGGUUGCUAUUAAUUUAUAUUAUUCAUCUUGCAUUCA